AUGUCUUACGGUGGAGGCUACGGAUCCCGCGGCGGCGGCGGCGGAGGCUACUCAAACGGCUACGACCGGAGUGACCGUGGCGGCGGCUACGGUGGAGGUGGAGGUGGUUACGGCGGUGGUGGCUACGGAGGUGGCGGCUACGGUGGCGGCGGUGGUGGUUACGGCGGUGGCGGCGGUUUCGGAGGCGGAGCCGGUGGUGACCGCAUGUCUAACCUCGGAGCAGGCUUGCAGAAGCAGACUUGGGACCCCAGCACCAUGCCCAAGUUCGAGAAGUCCUUCUACAAAGAGCACCCCGAUGUCGCUUCCAGGUCGGAUGCCGAGGUCGAGAAGUUCCGACGCGACCACUCUAUCGCCGUAUUCGGUACCGAGGUCCCCAGACCCGUCGAGACCUUCGACGAGGCUGGUUUCCCUCGCUAUGUCAUGGACGAGGUCAAGGCUCAGGGUUUCCCCGCCCCAACCGCUAUCCAGUCGCAAGGCUGGCCCAUGGCCCUGUCCGGUCGCGACGUUGUCGGUAUUGCAGAGACAGGAUCCGGAAAGACACUUACUUACUGUCUUCCUUCCAUCGUCCACAUCAAUGCUCAACCUCUCCUGGCACCCGGCGACGGCCCCAUUGUGCUUGUCCUCGCCCCCACCCGAGAACUGGCUGUCCAGAUUCAGCAGGAGAUCACCAAGUUUGGCAAGUCCUCGCGCAUCCGCAACACCUGUGUCUACGGUGGUGUGCCCAAGGGCCCUCAGAUCCGUGAUCUUUCCCGCGGUGUGGAGGUCUGCAUUGCUACCCCCGGUCGUCUGAUUGAUAUGCUUGAGGCUGGCAAGACAAACCUUCGCCGCGUUACCUACCUCGUGCUCGACGAGGCAGACCGCAUGUUGGACAUGGGUUUCGAGCCUCAGAUUCGCAAGAUUAUUGGCCAGAUCCGCCCCGACCGUCAGACUCUCAUGUGGUCUGCUACAUGGCCCAAGGAGGUUCGCAACCUUGCCAAGGACUUCCUCCACGACUUCAUCCAGGUCAACAUUGGCUCCAUGGACCUGGCUGCCAACCACCGCAUCACCCAGAUCGUCGAGGUUUGCAACGAGUCAGAGAAGCGUGACAAGAUGAUCAGGCAUAUGGAGAAGAUUAUGGACGACAAGAACAACAAAAUCCUCAUUUUUACUGGUACCAAGCGUGUUGCCGACGAGAUCACCCGUUUCCUCCGUCAAGAUGGCUGGCCUGCGCUGUCCAUCCACGGUGACAAGCAACAGAACGAGCGUGACUGGGUCCUGGACCAGUUCAAGACAGGAAAGAGCCCCAUCAUGGUGGCCACCGAUGUGGCUUCCCGUGGUAUCGAUGUUCGCAACAUUACUCACGUGUUGAACUAUGACUACCCCAACAACUCGGAGGAUUACAUCCACCGUAUUGGCCGUACUGGCCGUGCUGGCCAGAUGGGUACCGCCAUCACCUUCUUCACCACUGACAACUCCAAGCAGGCUCGUGAUCUCGUGAAUGUCCUCCAGGAGGCCAAGCAGCAGAUUGACCCCCGUCUGGCCGAGAUGACCAGGUACGGUGGUGGUGGUGGUGGCCGCUUCGGUGGGUACCGGGGCCGUGGCGGAUACCGCUCAGGCGGCGGCGACCGAGGAGGCGCCAACGCCAUGCCACUCAACAACCGUCGUUGGUAA